GUCUUUUUUUUUUGUUCUUGAUCCUCAUUAUCCUUAUAUUUCUACUUUAUAUUUAUACAUCAUCAUGAAGGUUAUUGAUAAAAUCAACAAAGCUGAACAAGAAGGACGAGUUUAUUGGUCUUUUGAAUACUUUCCUCCUAAAACAGAACAGGGGAUUCAAAACUUAUACGAUCGUAUUGAACGUAUGAAACGAUAUGGACCUGAAUUCAUCGAUGUGACCUGGGGUGCUGGUGGUACGACUUCAAAAUUAACGACUGAAAUUGUCAAAACAGCACAAACUGUAUCCAAAGUGGAAACCAUGAUGCAUCUUACUUGUACCAAUAUGCCUGCAGAAGAAGUCGAUAAGGCAUUGGAAGCUGCCAAAGCCUGUGGUUGUCAAAAUAUCUUGGCCUUACGUGGUGAUCCUCCUCAUGGUCAAGAUAAAUGGGAAUCCUGUGAAGGCGGUUUCAACAAUGCUAUUGAUUUGGUGAAAUACAUUCGUCUCAAAUAUGGUGAUUACUUUGGGAUUGCCGUUGCAGGUCACCCUGAAGGUCAUAUUGAUAAUCCUUCUAAAGAAGAUGAUUUACAACAUUUGAAAGCCAAGGUGGAUGCAGGUGCUGACUUGAUUGUUACUCAACUAUUUUAUGAUGUUGAUAUGUUUUUAGACUUUGUGAAGAAAUGUCGCGCUAUUGGUAUCACAUGUCCCAUUUUACCUGGUGUUUUCCCUAUUCAAAAUUAUCAAGGUCUCAAGCGUGUGAUUUCUUUUAAUAAUAAUUAUGUACCUGAAUCUAUUUGGAAUGAUCUCGAAGCUAUCAAGGAAGAUGAUGCUGCUGUCAAGGAAUAUGGAAUUGAAUUGACUAUCCGAUUCAUUCGUACCAUGUUAGAUGCUGGUAUUAAAGGUGUACAUUUCUAUACUUUUAAUUUGGAACGGUCUACUCGAUUGAUUCUUGAACGUCUCAACUUGAUUCAAUCUGUACAAUCUCAUAUACCUACUGAAACUGCUGUUACUCAAACUGUUAUACAAUCCAAUGGUGCUUAAUCUUUUUUGUCUUUAUUAUUGUUUUUUCAUACCACAAUGUUCUUCCCUUUCUUAUUAUAUAUAUAUAUACUAUAUACUUUUUUUUUUGUAUGUUCAACCAUUUCCCUCCUUCAUCCUCUUAUACAUAGUCCCACUUGUCAUAUGUCGAAGAAUACCUUAUACAUAAUAUCUUAACAUAUUACUUUUUAUUAAUAAAAAUAUCAUUGAUGUCUACUACCACU